AAAUAUGGGCGCUAAAACAUCAUUUCAAACCGCAGAAAUGGCGGUAUGUCUGGUGCCCUACAAAUCUGAAACCCUAAUUCACCUCAAAUGCAUUUCUUCUUCUUCUCUAUCUGAAAUCCUAGCCCAAUGGCGGAGCAGGAUAACUGUGUGCACACCCCCGGAGCAUUCAGGAAACGAGCCUCUGAUGAGUGCCCGCAAUCUACCACAACGAAGAAGCGUGUGGUGUUGGAAGAUAUCACUAACUCACCCAAUAACGAGUUGAUUCAGAAUUCUGAUCGUGAAUCCCAGAAGCCCAAACGUGGAAUCAGGAGAACUGGCGGUUGUUCUUCUAUCAUGUAUCAACAUCUUCAUGCCCUGGAGAUGGAGGAAAAAAGAAGGGCACGCCCUGAUUACAUGGAGAAGGUUCAGAAUGAUGUCACGCCAAAUAUGCGCGAAAUUCUGGUAGAUUGGCUGGUAGAGGUUGCAGAAGAAUACAAGCUUGUUUCAGACACACUUUUUCUCUGUAUAUCCUAUAUCGACAGAUUCUUAUCAUCACAUGCUCUCAGGAGGGACAAGCUACAGCUUCUUGGAGUUUCUUGCAUGCUUAUAGCCUCAAAGUUUGAAGAGAUCAGUCCUCCACAUGCUGAAGACUUUUGCUACAUAACAGAUAAUCAUUACACAGCAGAAGAGGUGGUGAAUAUGGAGAGAGAUGUACUCAAAUUUUUGAACUUUGAGAAGGUUGCUCCCACAACAAAAGUUUUUCUCAGGAGCUUCAUGAGGGCUUCUGAAGAGGAAAGCAAAUCUCUCAGCAUGCAGUUUGAAGCCUUGAGUUGGUAUCUUGCAGAAUUAAGCUUGUUGGACUAUGGGUGUCUACAGUUCUUACCAUCAAUGAUUGCUGCUUCUUCUAUUUUUCUUGCUAGAUUCACACUUGAGCCAAACAAGCAUCCUUGGAGUUUGGCAUUGCAACGCUAUUCGGGCUAUAAACCAUCAGAAUUGAAGGAAUGUGUGCUUCUCAUUCACAGCCGACAAUUGAAUAGAAGAGGAAACUCCUCUUUGAGAGCAAUAAGACAAAAAUACCUGCAGCCCAUGUUCAAGUGUGUAGCUGCACAUGUUUCUCUUCCAGAGAUUCCGAAGCAUUGCUUUGAGGCCAUAAAGGAAUAAACAUUCAUGGGGAUUCUUAAAGCAGUCAGAAAUUCCAGCUUUUGAACUAAUUUUCUCCAAGAGUCAUUACAACAGACCCUAUUUUCUUUUGUUCAAUGGCAUUCCAUCUUUAUUGGAGGUUGUUGGUACUCAAAUCUCUGGACAAGGGCUUCUAUGUUCGGUAAUGUUGGUGGUGUCAUAAUGAUGGAGAACUUUGUGCUGUGCAGUGCAGUAUUUCAGAGGCAGCCAUCAGUAAAGAAUAAGUCUUUGGAUCUUGUUUGUAGAGAAGAAAACAAUUGUGUUUCCAAAUCCCAAAUCAACCUGAGAGGAGGCCCCAUUGCUUGUAAAUUCCCAGAAUAAAUCAUUAUACCUUUUCCCAA